GCUUGGACCUGAACCAGAGGGGUACCUAUAUAAAAGUAACUGCGAACAAACAUACUUGGAGACGCGUUUUGAUGGCUCCACGAGGUAAAGACUCUUCACUCUUGUCUAUAUAAAUAACCUCAGUUGCAUUGCAUAUCCUGCUGUCAGUAGUAUAUAUAGCCUGGACAUCAUUGGAAUGCCGGCGUUACUCAUCAGUAAGUACUGACUAUUGACUAAGCUGCUUAGGGACAAGAUGGUGGGUGGGUACGCGUGCCGUGGUCGGCAAAGGGGCUGCUAGCUAGCCUUGGUAUCAUAAUCUGUAGCUGUGCAGCCAUUAGAGAAUUCAGAUAAGAAAGAAAAUCAUUAGGGAAUUCAGAAAGGAAGGAUGAGAUAGUUCAGAUAAGAAAGCCACACUAGAAAAUCGAUCUGCCGAUGCCUGGCUGCUCGAAGCAUCAGCCGUCCAUAUCCCCCCAUGCAUCUGCCUGAUCAACAAGGAAUAGUACAGGCGUGCAGCAGUACUUGUUUACUCGAACCCUAGCAUGUAUGUAUAAUUGUAGACGUCCUUGUGUAGUCAACUAGUCACGGAGAUGCCUUAUUAUAGUACCCUGUACGUCGUUCCCAAUAUGUAUUCCUACAGCAGCGAGAUGCACGGGGAGGAGCUAGCUCCGUCGGGUUGGGUUGGUAGGGAAAGACGAUGUGGGUGCUCCGCGACUGCGUCGCACGUCCAGGGUUUAUCAGUUUACUCGGGAGAGGAGGGCUUUGUUUAUGCUCUUGCAAUAAGUGUGACACUUGCAGUGCCGAGCUCUGCUAGCUAGGCCAUGUGAAGCUUUGAGAGGCCACACCGCUCUCAUUAAUCAGGCCAUGUACAGGGAAUUUACCGGGCCGAUCGUGAGCGCACGUCGAAGCUGGAGGCAGAUCCUGAUCCGCGUGAGAUGUCCACGGAGUGUUUAUCCUGCGCGUCGCCCGGCACAAGAUAUUCUUUAAGGUACGUGUGAAUAACAACCGAUUUCCCAUGUGCGUAGGAUAUGCAUGGAUGGAUGCUUCCUCUCAGUUAAUUGCAUGUCUGCAUUUGGUCCAGUAGCUUUGAGCCACGUUUACGAUGACUCGGUCUGAAGAACAUAUAUCUAUACAAUUCUACAUUGGUACCAGCUGGUUUUGUUAAGCCUGCGGCGAAUUGCUGCGUGCAACUGCUGGUGAUCUGCAUUAGUCGCUGAUAAAGCUAAAGUUUCUGUCGAUGCAAAAAUCAGAUUGCGGUGAAAACAAGAACUUAUAAUUCCCUGCGAUUUGAAGUAGUAGGGGGAUAGUUUCUUGUUUUCACUGUAACCAUUAUUGGUGCUGUGCUAGCAGUAGCAGGUACCUAAACCCUGACCAAUAUUUGUGAACCUACAUAUAGAAGAAACAUGUACUCGUACGGCGUACGGCCGAUCAAUUAUAUAUAUACCAAGGAAAUAAUUGAAGUUACAUACCCUACAAGAACCUACACAUAUUUUUGCUUGGCUGCCUUACACAUGGGCUAGCUAUAGCUUAGCUAGCCAUGGCAAUGAAGGUUCCCCAGCAAGCUUGUUUCAUGCAUGCUAAGCCUGAAUUGAAUUGAAUACAAGCUUGUCACAACGUCAUCACCACCUAGCUCCUCCCCUUGUUUAAACUUAACUAAUGUAAACAGCAUCAACUUGGCCUUGAAUGCCACGUGAAGAGAGAGCCCGGGUGCGGAGGAGUGUAGAUUAUGUGGCACUGGAACAUGGGGGGAGGGGGUUAGCUCCACUUCUACUACUACUAAAUCACCUUACUUAGCUGAGCAUAACAAGGGAAUUAAUCAUGGGUCCACUGCUGUCUGUCUCCCUCUUAGCACUUGACCCCAUAUUCCACUGACAGCUCAAGACCUUGCUGGCUCAUUAAGCUCUGCACACUAGCGCCUACUCGAUUAAGAAACCCCUCACUCUAUAUAAGUAGCCGCAUGCUUGCACGUCUCAUGCAUUGACAGAGCUCAGCUAGCUACCUGCCAAGAGCUGCCCUGAACCCUAGCUAGUAGUAGCUUCCCGGAACACCGUCACCAGUAGCUCGAUCUCACCUAGGUAGCUAGGGAACAGUGACACAGAGCAGCAAGCUGCCUAGCCUAGCUAGCCAAUGGCGUGCAAGCGGGCCACCACGCGGGAGCUCCGGGCGAUGUACGACGACGAGCCCUCCUCCAUGUCCCUCGAGCUCUUCGGCUACCACGGCGUGGUCGUCGACGGCGACGAUGAGGACGACGACACCGCCACCGCCCUCCCCCAGCUCUCCUUCGUCGAUAACUUCAAAGGCGGGUGCGGGUCGGCAGCGGCGGACUACUACAGCUGGGCGUACAACGCCUCCGGUGGGACGCCGGGCGCCUCCUCCAGCUCCACCUCUUCGGUGCUCAGCUUUGAGCAUGCCGGCGGUGCCGGUCAUCAGCUGACUUAUAACGCCGGCACAGGCGACGAUGACUGCGCGCUCUGGAUGGACGGCAUGGCCGACCAUCAGCAUGGCGCUGCCAAGUUUGGGUUCAUGAACCCAGGGUCGGCCGAUGUCGUCCCGGAAAUCCAGGAGAGCAGCAUCAAGCAGCCGGCCAAGUCUGCGCAGAAGCGCGCGAGCUCGGGCGGUGAGGCGCAAGCGGCGGCGAAGAAGCAGUGUGGAGGAGGCAGGAAGAGCAAGGCCAAAGUUGUGCCUACCAAGGACCCUCAGAGCGCCGUUGCAAAGGUCCGAAGAGAGCGCAUCAGCGAGAGGCUCAAAGUUCUGCAGGAUCUGGUGCCCAACGGCACGAAGGUGGACAUGGUCACCAUGCUCGAGAAGGCAAUCACCUAUGUCAAGUUCCUGCAGCUGCAAGUCAAGGUCUUGGCGACCGACGAGUUCUGGCCGGUGCAAGGAGGGAAGGCCCCGGAGCUCUCCCAAGUGAAGACCGCCCUGGACGCCAUCCUGUCCUCUCAGCAGCAACCCUAGGCAAUUUCAUCCAUCCAUGUUGAAUUUUAUCAAAGUUUUAGAUUGAUCGCGCCGCGUGUAAGAUCAGAAAAGAAAAGAGAGCACAAGCAGCUCUGUGAACAUUCAUACAUGGCAGUCAUGAUGGAUGAUCAUGUUUUUGUUUCACUCCUUUUAUAAGUAGAAGAUCAAAUCCCCUUGAUCCGUGUAUUGGAGUCUGAAGCUCUGAUCACUGUAACUAGACCAAUCAGACGUAGGCGAGCAUGAUGUUUCACAGCUUGGUGAAACCUAGACAGGGUCCCGCCACCGGGGGCAAGUACAAUAAAAUUGUUUCUGCUGAAACACAAAAUCCUGAAAACAAAUGAACUUUUUCUGAAAAUAAACUUACUAUU